CAAACGCUGAAGAAAGUGCAAUAAACUUUGCUGGAAGCAGAAGAAAAUUUUUACUACAAAUUGAUUUAAAAUGUGGUUAAUCUUAAAAAAUUUAUUAAUAUUUGUGUUGUUGACAUAUCCCGCUGUCAAUGGUGGAGUUUUUGUUAAUACAGUGAAUGAAGAUCAUCGCAUGCAUCCCAUGUUUAAUUUUAAACGUGAUCGUCUGCAUAAACGUGCCAUGCCCCUGUUACGUUUCGAGUCUUCCAAGCCCGAAGAAGAAUUCUCCGAUUAUUGGAAUGAAGUGGGUCAGAAUAUUUUGGAUAAACAAUUGGAGAGUAAGACCAGAUUGAAUACAAACAUGGCUAAAAAUGUAAUCAUGUUUUUGGGUGAUGGCAUGUCGAUACCAACAAUAACGGCUGGUCGUGUUUAUUUGGGUGGCGAAGAGAAACAAUUCUCAUUUGAGAAAUUUCCCUAUAUCGGUUUGAGUAAGACCUACUGUGCCAAUACUCAAGUAGCCGAUAGUGCCUGCACGGCCACUGCCUAUUUGGGUGGUGUUAAAGCCAACUACGGUACUUUGGGUGUCACGGCUGCCAUCGAAUUGAAUGAUUGUCAAGGACAAAAUAUCAGCGAACAUCAUGUGAAUUCCAUAGCAGCUUGGGCUCAAGCUCAAGGUAUGGCCACCGGUUUAAUAACCACCACAUCAGUGACUCAUGCUUCACCAGCUGGUAUUUAUGCUCAUGCUGCAAAUCGUGAUUGGGAAAAUGAUGCAGAAAUAUUGAAAACUCACAAUGAUCCCAAUGUUUGCAUAGACAUAGCCACACAAUUGGUGCAUGGUCAGGUGGGCAGGAAUUUGAAUGUUAUUUUGGGCGGUGGUCAAGAACAUUUUCUACCCAGACACCAAGAGCCAGGGAAACGUUUGGAUGGUCGUAAUCUCAUACAAGAAUGGCAACAGUUAAAUGGUCCCCAUGCACAUUAUGUAACAAACAAAAAGGAUCUUUUGAAUUUACCCGCCAACACUGAGAAAAUUAUGGGUCUCUUUGCCUCCAAUCACAAUCCCUAUCAUUUGGAUGCUGAUCCCGAAGUGAUACCUACAUUGGAAGAAAUGGUGCAAGUGGCCCUUAAUCUAUUGGAAAAACAAAGUCAAGGUAGAGGUUAUUUCCUGUUCGUAGAAGGUGGCAGAAUAGAUCAUGCUCAUCAUGAUACUUUGGCCAUGAAGGCUUUAGAUGAAACUGCUGAAUUUGGUAAAGCCAUAGAAUUUGCUCGUGGUAACACCAGCCUAGAAGAUACUCUUAUUGUGGUAACCUCAGAUCAUUCGCAUACCAUGUCGGUGGCUGGCUAUUCUAGCCGCAAGAACAAUAUUUUUAGUGUUAGUGAUGGUCAACUGGCUUUGGAUCAGUUGCCGUAUGCCACCUUAAGUUAUGCCAAUGGUCCUGGUUUUGAAAACAACAUUCUGAAAAACAGCGCUGGUGUUAAGCGCAGAAAUCUAUUGGAGACCAAUAUGAAGCAUAAAAAUUAUAAAUUCCCCUCUACUGUGCCUCUGGAAUCGGAAACUCAUGGUGGUGAUGAUGUGGCCGUUUUUGCCAGUGGUCCCUUUGCCCAUCUUUUCACCGGUGCUUAUGAACAGAACUUUAUACCCCAUGCCAUGGGUUAUGCCUCGUGUUUGGGCACCAGAAAAACUGCCUGCAGCGAUGGUUUACAUCGGGCCAGAUAUUAAAAUAAGUAGAGACUUAAUAAAGUUUUAGUUUUAUAUUUAAAAUGGGGGGUUUUACAUAAUUAAGGGGUAGUUUUUUAAGUAAUUUAUAAUGUUAGUUUAAGAGGUACUUAAUAUAGAAAUUAAGUUAAAAAAAGUUUAAUAAUAAGAAAAUAAAAUUUCAUAGCACUU